AUGUCUGGUUUUGACGAUAGUACAGAAAAUGAUAAUCAACGUAACAGAUCGAGAUCACCAGUACGUCGCCAACAUGACGCGGCAGGUGAUUAUAGUGAACAAAGAGACUAUCGCGAAUUCCGUCAAAGAAACGACUAUCGAGACAACGGGACGUACGAAAGAAGAAAUGACGGUUACGGCCGAAACAGGGGUCCACGUCCCAACACCACCGAUGGUGGAUUUCGCGGAGGCCGAGGGCGUUACGGCAACAGAUAUGAUGAUGAAUACCAAGGAGGGGGUAGGUUUGAUUCGGCAGCAUCUGAAAGGGCACCCAGGAGUAGGUAUAACCAUGCUAAAGGUGAUUACGGUCCUGUGUUGGCCCGGGAGCUAGACAGCACUUACGAAGAAAAGGUAAAUAGAAACUAUAGCAAGAGCGUCUUCGUUGGGAAUCUCACUUACGAAUCUACGCCGGAGGAUCUCAGGGAUUUUUUCUCACAAGUAGGGGAUGUUGUCAGAGCAGAUAUUAUCACCUCACGGGGUCAUCACAGGGGCAUGGGUACUGUAGAAUUUACAAAUUCUGAAGAUGUCGAUGAGGCAAUCCGUCAAUUUGACGGUUCGCUAUUUAUGGAACGUCCCAUAUUUGUAAGACAAGAUAACCCACCCCCAGAUUCAGGGCGUAGCAGAGCACCUCCACAAAGAGAGGACAGAAAGCAACGAGCGUUGAAUGAUAAGCCCGUCUAUCAGGUUACAGUGAAAAAUUUACCUCAUUCGAUAAACUGGCAGGCUUUGAAAGAUAUGUUCAAAGAGUGUGGACGAGUACUCAGGGCCGAUGUUGAAAAAAACAGUGAGAGAUAUUCAAAUGGGUCAGGGAAAGUCACAUUCAGUAAUUAUGAGGACAUGAAACGGUCGCUUGACAAAUACAACGGCUUCAGAAUCGAGGGGAACGUUUUGGAGGUGUCUGAGGUAGGGAAGACCUCGGCGAACAGCACGCCAACUGCUGAAAAGGUCGAACCAGUUGACAAAUUCCCGGAAGGGUUUGUCGCUGGAGGAGAGCGGAAUAAUUACAUUUUCUGUAGUAACCUUCCCGCCCCCACUACAAAGGGUGAUUUAUAUGACUUGUUUGAAAUUAUUGGGAAGGUAAACAGAGCAGAAUUGCUAUAUGAUGCGGACAAGAACCCAACAGGCGUGGCAAUCAUUGAAUAUCAAAGCAUUGACGAUGCAGAUGUUUGCAUUGAAAGAUUAGACAAGUACACCUAUGGUGGUUGCGAUCUUGAAAUAUCAUAUGCCAAGAAAGCAGACUCUUGA